ACAUGUGUAGUAGGCGGGUUCUGGUAGUUGCGACAGGAACAGUUCAUUGGAAUUUGUUAACUGUGUAGCCUGCCGUUUUGAGCAAUAUCCUGGGGUUUGGCUGUGUUGGAAAUGCAUUUUGUCUGUAUUUUUUAGUUAGACAGACAAAAGGCUCUCAAAUAGGUAUAGCCUAUUCAUAUGGACAUUCAGAUACACUUCAUAUAGUUUCACGUAGACACAACAACAUUUGAAAAUGGCCUGGGUAAGGAUAGUCCGCAUUUCCCUGAUCUUGGUUUUAAGCCAACAGGUCGUCUCUUACGAAUUAAUCGAACAAAAGGACCAAUUGUGAUGUUUAUGGGACAUAUUGGAGUGCCAACAAAAGAAGCUCGUCAAAGUUCCUCCUCCUGUCAACAUGAGCCUCAUCUGCCACAAUUUUCACAAUGUGAUCUAUUGGAACUACAGUGAACCAUCUCUGCAGCCACAGUUCAAUGUGGAAAUGACAAGAAAAUAUUCUGGUGCUGCCUUGGUUUGUUCAAACACUUCCCUCUACCACUGCGAUGUCUCCUCAUUUACCAAAGUAAUAGAAGAGGGCUACCGUUUCAUAUUGACUGCUGUUGGACAGAAUACCAAUUACUCUGAAAUUUCAUUCACCUACGAUGAUACAAUGUAUCCAGACCUGGUGGAUGUACAGUGCUCAUUGGAUUUCCCACCUGUCAACAUCUCUGCUGUAUCUGAUCAAAUGAUCAAAGUUCAAUUCAUUCACCCAUUUCACAUCUACAAAUAUGCCAUCAUCAAAAAUGAAAGACCAGAUCAUAAGGAAUUUGAUUACAUGGUUGUCGCAGAAGAUCACUUGAAACAACACAGCUUUGCCUGCUCUUACAAGCAACACCAUGUGUGUGAGGCUGAAAUACCAGUCGAUGAAAAGAUGGAUAGGCACUGCGUCAAGAUGAAAGGAAAAAUGAACAAUGUUCAUGUCUCAGCUCACCAGAACAUAUGCAUUGAGGGGAAGCAUGGGGAUUCCGGUCCUAGCUACACUGCCCUCUACAUUGUGAUCCCUAUCGUUGCCAUAGUGGUGAUUGCGUUCAUCGUGUGGCUGAUAUACAGUAAACUGACAAGCGGCUCAUUCCCUCAACCAAAGAUUUUGGCUUCCAUACUGUCACAUAUGGGUUCAGUUAGGUCACUUAUGCUCCCUGAGAGAGCCAUCCUGAGUGAGGUACAAACAGGUGGCUCCCCCCUGCUGCAGACCCCCACGGAAUCUUUGCCAGAUGAGACCCUCACAGUCUUCAGUACCCCCCAGGAAGAGGUCCUCCGCCUCCCCAUUGGACUGAAAGACCAGGAGUGGAGCGGUGGGGAGGUCAUGUUGCCUAACGAGGGGUCAGGCUAUGACGUCCCCCAUAGACCUGUGAUUAUUCCUGUGAUAGAGGAGAUGAGUCCUGGGGACACUGUUACAGGAUACAAAAUCUGAGUUUCUCAAGAAAAAGGAUGAUAAUAUUUUAUAAAUGUAUUUAAACAGGGAAAUCCCAUUUGAGACCAUUGUGCCAUUUUACAAGGGCAGUAACAUACAAAACACAAUCAUGAAAAACAAACACAUUUGUCUUUGCACAUGCUCAGCUACCAAUCAUUUCCCUGUUCCUCUCACUAUUUAGGUAGUCUAUGGUGGAGAUAAAGAGGGUAAUCAAAGGGAUGGCCUUCAUUAUGGUUUUUCCAAUUCAUCACUUGGGACUGUUGCCUAAUCAGGGGAACCAUUGAUAGACAAUGUGAAACCCAAGUGGUACAUAGUGGUAUUGCAUGUUCAGAACAAGUUUUUUUUAAAUGUCCUCAUUCCUGACCUGCAUGCCCUAUUGUCAUGUUGAAUUUCAUUAGGCCAAAUUUAAGACAGUUCCUAUAGCAUCUUUGUACAAAAAAAGCAAGUUCCUUUUAUCCAGAUAUUAUUUUACUGUGCCAUUAAUGUUUUUGUCUUGUGCUGUGUAUAUUUGCACUUUUACAUGACUCUCAUGCAUGUACAAUGUUCAAAAAUAUUAUUCGGAACAUGUCCUAUUAUAUUCCGAUGAACACGUUAUACCAAUGCAAGGGGAUUGCUAUGGUGGUGAUGAUUUCUGUUGCUGUAAUUUCUGAUGCCUUGCUUAGAUUACGAUAUUGAAUUCAUCUUACUAUCCAAAUGCAUUGUAUGCAGCCAUGGUUAGAGCGUUGGGCUGGUAAUCGAAAGGUUACUGGAUCGAAUAUCCGAGCUGACAAGAAGAAAAAUCUGUCGUUCUGCCCCUGAGUAAGGCAGUUAACCCACCUUUCCCCGGGUGCCGAAGACAUGGAUGUCGAUUAUGGCAGUCCUCUGCACCUCCCUGAUUCAGAGUGUUUGGGUUAAAUGCUUCAGACACAUUUCAGAUGAAUGCAUUCAGUUGUACUAUUGACUAGGUAUCCCCCCCUCCCUUCCCUCUACAGUUGUAGCCCAUUUAACGACGAGAAAGCUGAAGAAAACGUGGACAAUAUGCAUACUUUCUUCAUGAAACACCAUUUUCCACCUCCAUGAUCGAGUGGCAAAUGCCUAGGAAUGCUACUUCCUGAUGUUGCACCCCGCGUUCAGCCUAGGGUGAACAACAGACUGCUGCAACCUGAGUGGCUGAACGUGAAACGCAACAUCCGGGACUAACAUUUAGCCACUAUCAUGGUGGUGGAAAAUUGUUUCAUGAGGAAAACAUGCAUAGUUUUCCUGUUUUUAUCCGCCUUUUCGCCAAUAAAUUAAGGAGGAAAUCGAAGCCUUUGCAGCCUGAAUGGAGAACGUUUUAGGUACGAACCUGUCCACAGGGGAUACAAGUAUAUUGCCAGCUGCAUUUGGACGGUAAGAUUAACUCAAUAUCGCCAUCUGCGGUCUUUAGGUUACCUCAUACCUAAUCAUUUUGGUUUUUAUUGUGUACAUCUGUAUAUUGUAUUUUUGAUAUAGCUGCAAUUAUCUUUUUUUAAAUAAAUAAUAAGGCUGUUUUUUAAA